AUGAGCGGUUACGGCGCUACGCCAGCAACUGUGACAACCGGAGUUCCUUACAUCUGCGGGCAAUGCGGCUCUGAGAUUAGCCUUAAGCCGGGAGACAUCAUACAAUGUCGAGAGUGCGGUUAUCGCAUUCUAUACAAGAAGCGGACGAACAAGGUGGUGCAGUUUGAAGCGCGAUAA